AUGGUUAGCAACCUCUCUGGCAGAACAGAUCGUAACGCACUUACUUGCAGUGGUCUAGUGUCGCGGAGGGGAGGGAUCGCCCGGGUUAUAAGUGUAGGACACACGAUACGGGGAUCUAAGGCGAGCGCUCAUUGGCUGUUCCCCUCCACCAAUCAGAAAGCGCCUCUCACAGUAGACAUUUUUAGCCAGGCGGGGACUCUUGAAGUGCUCAUUCGACCCACGUCUUCUGCGAACGUUACAUAUCUCCCACUAUCAAGGGAUAAUUGA